AUGGGUUUGGCGGGUCUAAUUACUGGAGACCACAUGACAUCUUUGAGCUCCUGCCGUUGGGAGCUUGAGCCCAAGCCAGCAGCUCCAGGUUCCUUAAUUGAAGGACUUGGUGGGAGCGUGAUGAACAAGUCUGGGGUGAAUCGUGUAGUUUGGAAACGACCUCGGCUCACUCACAACGGACCUGUGAGAAGGAGCACAGUCAUUGACCAGAUUCCGUUUCUGGCAGUAGCAAGGGCACUUGGUGAUUUGUGGAGCUAUGAUUUCUUCAGUGGUGAGUUUGUGGUGUCACCUGAACCAGACACAAGUGUCCAUACACUUGAUCCCCAAAAGCACAAGUAUAUUAUCUUGGGGAGUGAUGGACUUUGGAAUAUGAUUCCACCUCAAGAUGCCAUCUCAAUGUGCCAGGACCAAGAGGAGAAAAAAUACUUGACGGGUGAGCAUGGACAGUCUUGUGCCAAAAUGCUUGUGAAUCGAGCUCUAGGCCGCUGGAGGCAGCGUAUGCUUCGAGCAGAUAAUACUAGUGCCAUAGUAAUCUGCAUCUCUCCAGGAGUGGGCACUCAGGGAGAUUUCACCAAUGAAGACGAGCUCUAUCUGAACCUGACUGAUAGCCCUUCCUAUAACAGUCAAGAAACCUGCGUGAUGACUCCUUCUCCGUGUUCUACACCACCAGUCAAGUCACUGGAGGAGGACCCAUGGCCAAGGCUGAACUCUAAGGACCACAUACCUGCCCUUGUUCGUAGUAAUGCCUUCUCAGAGAAUUAUUUAGAAGUCCCAGCUGAGAUAGCUCGAGGGAAUGUCCAGGCUGCAGUCAUAUCCUCAAAAGAUCCAGAGCCACUUGAAGAAAAUUGCACUAAAGCCCUGACUUUAAGGAUACAUGAUUCUUUGAAUAAUAGCCUGUCAGUUGGCCUUGUGCCUACCAAUUCAACAAACACCAUCGUGGACCAAAAAAAUUUAAAGAUGUCGAUCCCAGGUCAAAUGAAAGCUCAAGAAGUUGAAAGAACCCCUCCAACAAACUUCAAAAGGACAUUAGAAGAAUCCAACUCUGGCCCUCUUGUGAAGAAGCAUAGACGAAAUGGUUUAAGUCGAAGUAGCGGUGCUCAGCCUGCAAGCCUCCCCACAAACUCACAGCGAAAGAACUCUGUUAAACUUACCAUGCGACGCAGACUUAGGGGCCAGAAGAAAAUUGGAAAUCCUUUACUUCACCAGCACAGAAAAACUGUUUGUGUUUGCUGAAAUAUAUCUGGAAUUUUUUUUUUUCCAAACUUCUAAGAGGGCUUUUUGAAUUUGGUGCCGAAGUUGAACUUUUUUUAAGGGGACAAAAUAAAAAUAGUAUACAGUUUGACUUUUUGGAAUUCAACCGUUUUAACCUGGCCUUGUACUUGCUUGUAUUAUAAAUGUGAAUUUUGUAGAUGUUAGGGUUAUAAGUUGCUAUAAAAGGUGUGUAAAUUUGUAUCCUUCACACAAACUCAGUCUCUUACUCUGAUACACAGUAAAUGUAACAACAGGGCUAAAGGUUUAAAAAAAAAAUCAAAAGAAUCUAUUAGAUUUUAGAAAUACAUUUAAACUUUUAAAAAUGCUUAUUAAGAAAUUUGUAUAAGUCACUUGUGAUGAAAACUACACAACUUUUUAAAGUAAAUUAUGAAGCAAACUGGAAAAGUGAUGUAUUUUCAUAGUGACCUGUGUUCCACUUAAUGUUUCUUAGAGACAACUAGUGUUUUAAAAAUUAUUCUUUAUUUCUGAUUUCAUAAUUCAGAACUAAAUUUUUCAUAGAAGCAGAAGUGUUGAGCCAUGCAAAAGUAGCUGGGUUUUAGUCUCCUUGUCCUAAUUAAAAUACUAUGCAGUAUCUAUUUCAUUCAGUAGCAUUUUUUCUAAACAUUAAUCAUCAGAUUUGCUCACCAAAUCUUUGAAGUAGAAGGAGGUAGGUUUGCCUAAAAAGAUGUCCUUCUCAAUCAUCCCAGACA